AUGUCGGAAGAGCCUAUAAAAGUGGUUAAUUUUGAUGGUUUUAUUAGCCAUGUUAGUGAUAGUGGUGAAGAUUCGGAAGUUAUUGUUUAUGUGGCGCACGUUGUUAGCGACGAUUCCAGAAUGCGAGGAGGAAGCGAAAUGGGUGUAACACAGGAUUUAUGUCAUGUUAACAACAACGACAAUGAUUAUGGUAAUAUGUUUACAAUUCGUGUUGGUAAGUGUGUGGAGCGUGUUGCUGCAAGAGAUAUUUCAGAAAACGAAGGGUUAACAAAGGUUCGUUUAAUUGAUAAAGGAAUUGAUAUUGAAGUGGACCGAAAUACAUUAUUUCCAUCGACUUCACGAGUAAAAAUUAACAAUGAUUGUAUGUGUCCCAUUUUGGUUGUGGAUGCUGGUGAAGAACAGAAAGAAGUUGCAGCGCAAAUUACUGGACGUGAAUGUCGCUGCAUUAACGGUAAUUUGGUCGUGAUUCCAUCUGUGGGAUUUUGUGUUAAAGGUCGAUUACUGAUUUCUUAUGGAAAUGGUGGAUACGCAGAAUUGAAAGAUAUUAGUCUGAUGCCAGCAGUAGGACAAGAAGAACAAGAUUACUCAAGAUUUGCAGUGGAGGAUAUGCCACAGCCGAAUGCCAAUAUGUCACCACCGAUAGAACCUACAAGACCCUUUCGCUAUCGUUGUAAUUCGAUCACAUGCCGCAGAAAUUAUUUUGGUAAUAAUAGUGGAAGAUAUGAACGAGAAGAAUAUAGUGGCGUGGUUGAUGUAUAUGGAAAUGAAGCAUACACUAUCACUGAAAGCCGUUUUACAAAUCGUUGGAAUAAUAAUCAAUUUCACGAGAAUUCAGCGGUUAUUGAGAACGGCGUACCUUUCAAUCGUAGAAACUAUAACGAAAGCUUUCUUGCUGCUAAAUUUGAUUGUGGUCAAGAAGAGAUGAAUCAUAUGCUCAAUGUGGUAUCGAGACGUAAUGUAUCAUAUACGCAACAUUCCUUCAAAGAAUAUGUGCCACAUUUCUAUCCCCGCACAAUACGAAUUCGUUUUGACAAAAUUGAUUCGUCGUCCACUAACACCUUUUGGGCUUUCGAACCAAACAUUUUUACAACUGUCGAAAAAGUUCUUCAUGAAGGACGACAGCGUUACACUGCUUGUCCUCAAUUUGAUCUAUCGUUAGUUAACGAGUUAAGCGGAAUGGGUUGCUUGGUAAAAGCGAGUGUUGACAGCGGUUAUCGCUCCUUAUGUCGUGCUGAAAUUAUCAAAUUCGCGAACAACACACUUAGAUUUUCCGUGUAUUUGGUGGACUAUGGUUUUUACAAGUGGGUCAAAUGCGAUGAUGUAUUUGAUAUAUCAAUGAUUAGCAAGCGAGAUAAAAUCCUAUAUUUGCCAGUAGCUUUGCUUCAUUGUCGACUUGAAAAAAGUACAAAUGGAAUUCUUUUACAGCAAUUGGAAAAAGGUAGCGAAUACGAAAUUACCAUCAAAUCACAGGAUUCAGAAGGCAUUUUCAAUGUGCAUAUUAAUCAAGCUGAUAAUAAUAGAGGCGCAUUGGCAAACAUUUGUGAUUCAGUUGUGCCAGUUAAUUCUGAUAGAAACAACAAUUUGCUUGCUGCAUGGUGUUCUUGUUCAAUGCAAUUUGCUUACGAUGCAUUUGUGAAGGCUUUCCAACGAAAUAUGCGCAUUGAUGAAGCAACACGUGAAAAUUCUCUGAUGAGCACAAUGAUGGCAAAUAAUAUGACUUUCAGUAACUGGCCAAGCAUCUGUGGAUUUGGUAUUCCAUAUCCUAUGAUUAUGCCUAUAAUGAUGCCGACGAUGCCUAAUUUUGGUAGCAUAACCAACAGCUACAAUAGAGAUCGAAUUAAUGCACAAUUUGGACGAGGUGAUGAUGCGAGAAACGGGGAUCGAUUCUCAAUGAAUAAUAAUAUGCGUAAUUCAAACAGGCAAUAA